CGUGAGAACCUGACGCCCACCAGAAGCUCCAGUAAUCAGCAAACGUCCUCUGAUCCUGUCAGCAUUAACACGUCUCACCAGGGGAAACAGCAAAAAGGAAACGUCUGCUCACUGUGUGGAAGGAGCUUCAGGUUCCAGAGUGAUCUCAAACAACACCAGCGCAUUCACACUGGAGAGAAACCCUAUCAAUGCUCACAGUGUGGGAAGAGUUUUAAUCAACAGAGUAAUCUCAAAACACACCAGCGCAUUCACACUGGAAAGAAACCGUAUCAGUGCUCACAGUGUGGGAAGAGCUUCGGGUUCCAGUGUGAACUCAAAAUACACCAGCGCAUUCACACUGGAGAGAAACCGUAUCAGUGCUCACAGUGUGGGAAGAGUUUUAAUAGUCCAAGUCAUUGUGAACUCAAAACACACCAGCGCAUUCACACUGGAGAGAAACCGUAUCAGUGCUCACAGUGUGGGAAGAGCUUCAGGUCCACGAGUUAUCUAAAAAAACACCAGCACAUUCACACUGGAAAGAAACCGUAUCAGUGCUCACAGUGUGGGAAGAGUUUUAAUCAACAGAGUAAUCUCAAAAUACACCAGCGCAUUCACACUGGAGAGAAACCGUAUCAGUGCUCACAGUGUGGGAAGAGUUUUAAUAGUCCAACUUAUCUCAAAAUACACCAGCGCAUUCACACUGGAGAGCAACCGUAUCAGUGCUCACAGUGUGGGAGGAGUUUUAAUAGUCAGAGUGCUCUCACAAGCCACCAGCGUAUUCACACUGGAGAGAAACCGUACCAGUGCUCACAGUGUGGGAAGAGUUUUAAUAGACAGAGUCAUGUCAAAACACACCAGCGCAUUCACACUGGAGAGAAACCGUAUCAGUGCUCACAGUGUGGGAAGAGUUUCGGGUUCCAGAGUGAACUCAAAAGACACCAGCGCAUUCACACUGGAGAGAAACCGUAUCAGUGCUCACAGUGUGGGAAGAGUUUUAAUAGUCAGAGUGGUUUCAAAACACACCAGUGCAUUCACACUGGAGAGAAACCGUAUCAGCAGGGUUUCAUCACACCUCCCAAAAACAUACCAGUAUGUGGACUGAUUGAUAUAAAUCCUUCUUGUGAGUGAGUGAAAGUUUUCCUUUAAAAUUAUACAUGUAAAAGUUCCUUUUUUUAACUUUAAAUAAUCUUUAAAACAUUUUCUUUUAUAAAUGUAGAAUAUU